AUGUCUGGUUUAUGCAGAAGUAGACUUCAGGAGGAACGUAGACAAUGGAGAAAAGAUCAUCCAUUUGGUUUUUAUGCAAAACCAAACAAAUUACCUGAUGGCACUAUGGAUUUAAUGAACUGGAGUGUUGGGAUUCCAGGACGUCCAAAAACAAACUGGGAGGGUGGAAUGUUUAAAUUAGCUAUGUUUUUUCCUGAAGAAUAUCCUACAAAGCCACCUAAAUGCAAGUUUGUUCCUCCACUUUUUCAUCCAAAUGUUUAUCCAUCGGGAACUGUUUGUUUGAGCAUCCUUAAUGAAGAAGAAUCGUGGAAACCUGCAAUAACAAUAAAACAGAUACUUUUGGGUAUACAAGAUCUUUUAAAUGACCCAAAUCCGAAUAGUCCUGCACAAAGUGAAGCAUAUACAUUGUUUAAGAAAGAUCGAGCUGCUUAUGAAAAACGAAUUCGACAGCAAGCUCGGGAAAUGGCUCCAUAA